UUCAGGUAUGGGCUCUACUUCGGAGAACAAGAGAUUAACAGCGGGGUUUUUAAUUUUUUUUGGUGGUUUUUCCAGUUUCUACUUCCGUGUUAUUCUAGAUUUCCCUGAAGCCAAGAGGCCAGAAAGCUUCUGUUAGUUUAGAUUAGACAGAUUUAGAGGAUCCUGCCUGCUGUGAGCAGCUCAGAGCGCAAAAUGACCGCAGCAGAGUUUUUAUUGCUUUUCCUGAUGAUCCUCUGUUCAUCUGGAUCUACAGAUCAGAAGAAGCGGACCGUCACAGCAGAACCGGGACAGAACAUCGUGCUGCCCUGCCGGGCCGCUGACAGCCGACCCGUCACGGCUGUGGAGUGGACCAGAACCGACCUGAAGACGUCAGAAUAUGUGCUGCUGUACAGAGACCAGCAGAUGGUUCCGUUCUACCAGCAUUCGUCCUUCAGGAACCGGGUGGACCUGCAGGACAGAACGAUGACGGCCGGAGACGUGUCUUUGGUUCUGAACAACGUCAGGUCCGAUGACACGGGAACGUACGAGUGUCGGGUUUUCCAGGCAGGAACCAGAAUCAGGAAGAGAGCCAAUCUGGACUCUGAGCCCAUCAGCACCAUCUACCUGGACGUAUCUCCAGAUCCCUUCAGGAGCCGGGAGAACCGGAACCGAGGGAACAUGGAUGGUUGGAACCAGCUUUCAAGAAACCGGGUUGGAUCUGUCGGACCUUCAGCUGGUCUGGUUCUUCUUUUCAGUGUGCUGUUGUGGGUUUGGUGAUCCGGAAAAGAGGAAGAACCCACCUGGUUCAUGAGCCACAGCCUGAGAAGAUUCUGAUGUCCUCCAGAUGACCUCUGACCUCCAGAGGACCUCUGACCUCCAGAGGACCAGAGGUCUUCUGGUUCUUCUGAUGGCCUGAAUCUGCUGAUGGUUCUGAAAAACAGCUUCAACAGAAACGAGGAACCCAAAGGAGGCCCAGGAGGAGAGCGUCUUAAUUAAUCCUGAUUGGACGGUUCAAAUCCGGCUCCUCCAAUCAGAGAAGAGCUCCAGCUGUGUCAGGGCUGCUGUGAUUGGGUGUUGGUCUGAUUUUGAACUUGGCUUUGCUCCAGACCUCAGGUUGGUAUUCCAGCCGUUUGAGUUGUCUGGCUGAUAAAGUUUAGUUCUGGUAAGCUGUUCUAAAGCUUUCUUUGCUGGACUUUGGAUUUGUUUCACUUUUUUCUGUGUGUACCAAAGGUUUAUUUUUGUAAACCUGAGUUGGUGGUUUGUACUCGUUGGAGUUCUUCCUUGUGUUAUUUUUUAUUUUUUAAAGACUGAAACACAAAACAAUAAAUCUCUUUU